AUGAUGCCGGAUAUUCACGCGAUGUACCCUAAGAUCGAGAAGAUGCUGCAGCUGAAGAUGCCGUUCUUCCUCGCGUUCUCUGUCCUCCUCUUGGUGAAAUUGAAAGACAACCCUUGCUACCGGCGCGCGAGAUGCGAGAACGAUCCCAUCACGUUCCUCGGCGUUUUCGUUCCUCUCAUUGUGCAGCAGAUCUUCUCCAUCAUCCCGGCGAUGAUCUUGCUGUCCCAGAGAGAGAGGGCGACGCUGGUGAACGUUGUGUAUAAGAGGAUCAUGGCCAAGAACGACUGCUGCAACGGGCUCUUGCGAGCCCUGUUCUUCAUCCUCUUCUCGCUGAGACUUGACGGAGUGAUCGACUGGUGGUACAGAGUGAUCGCGUCUCCGGUCUGGCUGCAGCUGGUUGUGAUGUUGAUCAUCCUGCACACGGCAAUCAAGAAUCUCAACGAUGCAAUGAGUGCUCGGGACUUCAAGAAGCAAUCGUCGGUGAUAGAGCUCCAGCUCCUGUGCACUCUCUUCAUCUCCUUGAAGCUUGACGGAGUCUUGGAAUGGACCUGGUCGGCAGUCUUCUGGCCUGUGUGGCUAGCAACAGGAAUCUUCUGUGGAGUGGCUCUGUUGUUGUCCAUACUGUUGCCAUGCAUGGCUUGCAUGAAGCUGUUGAACCAUGGCAGAUACGUCAACCUUCGCACUUACGCCCAUCCCGUCUUGCUCGUUGCGAUCUGGUCGUUUGCGAUCUUUGCUGCGAUCUGCACCUCGAUAGCACUGGUGCACCUGGCGAACUACUUGGAGGGGGAUUCCUCUUCAGCAUACGCCUUCAUCGCUCCGCUCAUCGUCAUGUUCGCCUAUUUCUGUGUGAUAGAGAUCUGGGUUGUUUUCUUCUCCGAGGAAGUGAUCAAUCGACUGGGCACGCAGUUGUCCAACAACAACGAGAUCGAGCGAAUGGCGGAGAUGGAGAACUUGGAGGAGGCUGCCACGGCUUUUGAUGGGGAGAAGCCGAAGAUCCUCAUUCAGAUUGGAGAUGAUCUCUACCGUCGGCCCUUCGAGAACGAGACCUUUGACGAGGAGGAGCUGUGCUGCAGGGAGGGGUAUGUACCAACCAAGAGGUUGGAGGACGCUUCCCCUCCCGAGGGUCACCCAUGCAUCAUCUGUUGGGAGCAAAAGAGCGAGACGGUUUUCCUCGAGUGCGGCCAUGCAUGCUGCUGCUUCGACUGCGCUCGACAGGUCAUCGUGCGGCACCAGCCCUGCCCCAUGUGCCGUUGCCAGAUCAAGCAGUGCGUCCUCAUCGAUGUCCUCCCCUCUGACGGGUUGGAGGAAGGAAGCAGGCAGGAGGAGGCUCGCCCUUGCCUCAACGGUCACACGAGGCACGCGGACACUCUGAGCAAGGGGGCGGGGGAGGUGACGAUUGUGGUCGUCGAGUCGGAGGAUGUGGGAGAGAGAGAGGAGGAGGGGCAGGAGAACGGAGAGGAGGAAAGAGGGGAGAAGAAUGAGGAGAGGGGUACCUCCCCGCAGGAGGGAGAGGAGGAGGAAACGAAGUUGACGUACUGCUCCGUCCGGGCCUCCAGCGAUCCGCACUUGACAGGGCGAGAUGAGCGAGGAGGGAGGUCAAGAAGGCUGGAGUUCAGCUCGGACGAUCCAGAAAGCUCCAGCGCGCAGCUGGACAAGUCCGAGACCGAGAGCAGAGGAAGAGAGUCAGGGGACAGUCAGCAAGGGGCAGAGAAGAAGCUGGAGGGAGUUGAAUGUGCCAACACUCUGUCUCCUCCUAUCAAGAUUGGCUCAAGGAAGAAAGCAGCAAGGUUGGAUCAGGUGAGAUUAGAAGAAGGAGACUGCUGA